CAGUUCAUCGAACUAUUGCACUAGAACACGAAUCCGUCGUCUUUACUCGUCGCAUGUGUUUGCAAAACAUUUCUUGAAACGUCAAGUUAUUACAGUCACGAUGUCGUCAAUUGACAUCGAAAAGGUUAAAAUCCUUGUUGUGGGGGACUCUGGUGUAGGCAAAUCAUCUCUAGUUCAUCUGAUAUGUCAUGGCCAACCCAUUCUGAAUACCUCAUAUACUAUAGGUGCAUCCCUAGAUGUAAAGAUCCAUGAAUACAAGGAAGGAACGCCCGCUCAGAAGACAUGCUUUGUAGAAUUCUGGGAUAUCGGUGGGUCUGUUAACCAUGCUAACAGCAGGCAUAUAUUCUACACAGCACUAAAUGGUAUCAUUCUGGUCCAUGAUCUAACCAAUCGGAAAUCACAUGCAAACCUUGGCAAGUGGCUGAGUGAGAUCCUACAGAGAGAACAGAAUAAUGGGUCUGAGAGACAUAGGACAAGUGUGAGUGAGUAUGAUCCUGAACAGUUUGCAGGCCACCAUACACCCAUACUGGUCGUAGGAGUGAAGAAAGAUCAGUUAGAUACACAAAGACAAAACAAAUUACAAUCAUCUUCAAUAGCAGAAGAAUGUGGAGCUGAUGAAAUCAAUUUAAACUGUACAGAUGCCAAGCACUUAGCACCAGGGACAACAAAUGCUGUCAAAUUUAGUCGUUUCUUUGAUAAGGUAAUAGAGAGGAGAUACUUCCCACGUGACAUGUCCCAGGUUGGUGAAUAUUUAUACAACUGCUGAUCAUAAUCCAUGCAUAGUAGGCUGUGCUACUUCUACUCAGGAGAGGAGACGUAUUAGUACAUCGCAGAAUAUGAAGAGCCUUCAUGCAGACUAGCUGACCAAUCAUGUGUUAGUACA